GCUGUUACAGGAGCUAGGGAAAUCCUUCAGAGUGAGAGAGGAGAGAGAGAAAGAGAGGGAGGGGACAGAGAGAGAGAGAGAGUGGGGGGACAGAGAGAAAGCUGACAGCAUUAACCAUGUAAAACAGAGACAGAAAGAUGCAUCUCAGUGAGAGAUGGAGUGAUAACGAGGAGAGGAGAAUAAACCGACCGGAAUAGAGACGCAGCCUCGCGGACUGAUGCACGGCUAAACGGCUGUGUCAGCUGGGGUUGUCCUUACCGGGAGAAUAUAAUGUUUACGAGUCCUUCCGUUGACAGACACACCGAAAGGAAUCUUGCGAAGGGAGAGGGAAUGAUUUAUCCUCCCCGCGGUAGAGAAGAGGGGAACUGCAUCCAGUCACGACCAACCAUGGAGCCGGUUACGGUUAAACGGGAAUGUUGUUUGUUUGAUUGGAGCUGAAACUCAGAUCUACCGAACCGACACUAGACCGGCAGGGAUCGAGAGAAGAACAUUUUUUAGACUGAAUAGUCUACAUGGGCGCACGGUUUUUAAUUAACGGGGUUUUCAUUUUUUUGCGACCAAUCUGUUCCCUCGUGUAUCCUCGAUUUCAGUUGAAUCGGUAGCGCGUGCCGCCUGUUAUUUACGUAAUAUUGAGGAUAUAUAUAUGAACCUCCCCUGCGCGCCCUCUCCCGGGGUUAGUAAGGUGCUAUCUUGGUGAGCUGAGCUGAGCUCGCGGGGCUCCGGUAAGGCUCCGGUGUAGGCGGGAUGUUUGUGUCCGUGUGGUACGCUAAGAAGAUGGGCAGGCGGUUUAUUCAGAACGUCAGGAAGGCCAAGAAACAACGACAGCGGAUGAUGAUGAAUGGAUCAGAGGGAGAGGUGGAGUAUGAAGAGAUGACACUGGAGAGGGGUAACUCUGGUCUAGGAUUCAGUAUAGCAGGUGGAACAGACAACCCCCACGUUGGAGACGACCCGUCUAUCUUCAUCACCAAGAUCAUCCCUGGAGGAGCUGCUGCACAGGACGGGAGGCUCAGGGUUAAUGACAGUGUGAUACUAGUAAAUGACGUUGACGUCCGUGAGGUGACACACAGCUUGGCUGUGGAAGCUCUGAAGGAGGCGGGGCCCGUUGUUCGUCUCUACGUCCUGCGGAGGAAGCCACCCACGGAGACCGUCACACAACUCAAACUCAUCAAAGGACCCAAAGGUUUGGGGUUCAGUAUAGCAGGUGGACUAGGGAACCAGCAUGUACCAGGUGACAACAGCAUUUAUGUGACUAAGAUCAUCGAGGGAGGAGCGGCCUGUAAAGAUGGACACCUACAGAUAGGCGAUAAGAUACUGGCUGUGAACCAGGUGUGUUUAGAAGAUGUGAUGCAUGAAGACGCAGUAUCAGCUCUGAAGAACACAGCCGAGGUGGUCUACCUGAGAGUAGCCAAACCACAUCUCUACACACCUGACCAGUACAGUCCCCCUGACCUCACCUCGUACAUGGAGCCAGACAUGGGCCCUAACUACCUAGAUUACCCACAAUCCUCUCUGCCGCCGCCGUCUCCACGACGCUACUCACCCAUACCGCACGGCAUGAUGGGAGAAGACGACAACCCCAGUAGAGAGGCCAGGCGUGUUUGUGUCCACCGAGGGUCGACUGGUCUGGGGUUUAACAUCGUUGGAGGAGAAGACGGAGAGGGAAUCUUUAUCUCCUUCAUCCUGGCUGGAGGACCAGCCGAUCUCUCAGGAGAACUACGCAAGGGAGACCAAAUCAUCAGCGUGAACGGUGUGGAUCUCAGACAUGCGACUCAUGAACAGGCUGCAGCAGCUCUGAAGAAUGCUGGACAGACUGUUACUAUCAUCGCUCAGUACAGACCUGAGGAGUACAGCAGGUUUGAGGCUAAGAUCCACGACCUGAGAGAACAGAUGAUGAACAGUAGCAUGAGCUCUGGGACCCUCCGAGCCAACAGGACCUUCUAUGUCAGGACCCUGUUUGACUAUGAUAAAACAGCAGACUGUGGCCUGUUGAGUCAAGCAUUGGGCUUUAACUUCGGGGAGGUGCUCCAUGUGACUGACUGUAGUGAUGAAGAGUGGUGGACUGCUAGGAGACUGGGACAACAGGGACAACUGGAGGAACUAGGAUAUAUACCCAGCAAACACAGGGUGGAGAGGAAGGAGUGGUCUCGGAUGAAGAAUAAGGACCGCAGCAGCUUUGUUCAGAGCUAUGAGUCUGUUACACAGAUAGAAGUCCACUAUGUGAGGCCUAUCAUUAUAUUGGGUCCUACUAAAGACAGAGUGAAUGAUGAUCUUCUCUCUGAGUUUCCUGACAAGUUUGGUUCCUGUGUUCCACACACGACGCGGCCCCAGCGGGAGUAUGAGGUGGAUGGGCGGGACUACCACUUUGUGUCGUCAAGGGAACAGAUGGAGAAGGACAUCCAAUCACAUCACUUCAUAGAGGCAGGUCAAUACAACAGUCACCUGUAUGGAACCAGCGUUCAGAGUGUCCGCAUGGUUGCAGAGCAGAUGGGGAAACACUGUA